AUGGCAGGCGGCGACCCGGGCCAAGGACUUGCGGCGGGACAUUCUGGGAGGUUUGCAAGCUGCCAACUCUUUACGCCGCCCGCCGACGCCGGGCGGCCUUGGUGUGGGCGGCCGGGUUAUAGAUUGCUGGAAGAACUCGGCGGGGAACUCGGGCAGUAUUCACCCGCGCCGCUGCCGCCGCCGCUUCGCGUCGGGCCCUGGCGCUGCCGCGAUCAUCGGGGGGCAUUCUGCAGGGAGGCGGCGCGCCCCGCAGGACGGGGGGCCCUUCUCUGGUGGCGCCCCGUGACGCAAGCGGCAGCCCGGCAAAAGGUGGCCAACCAGCCAACCGGCCCGCCGGGAUCAAAGGUUGCCAACCACCCAGCCAUCCGGCAGCGCAGGCGCCUGCGCGCCCAAAGGGACGCAAUCAAGGCCGGCGGGGGUAGCGAGGCAGCGGGGGCGAGAAACGGAA